AAACGUCGUUGUGUUUAUGGUAUGAUGAUACUUCAUUUUGUCAAAUUGUCAAUCGUCGCAGUCAUUUUAUAGUUUUGUGCAUGUUACUGAGGAAAUAAGAAAAUAAAAGAAGCUAAAUUUCUAACAAAAUGAAUAUUACAUCAGCUGCGGGGAUUAUUUCCCUGUUGGACGAGCCCAUGUCAGAGGUAAAGGAAUUUGCAUUAAAAAGAUUGGACAACAUCGUCGAUGAAUUUUGGCCAGAGAUAUCAGAAUCGAUUGAAAAAAUUGAAAUUCUUCACGAAGACAAGGUGUUUUCUCAGCACCAACUAGCUGCCUUGGUUGCCAGCAAAGUUUAUUAUCAUUUGGGUGCAUUCGAAGAUUCCCUGACAUACGCGUUAGGAGCUGGCGAUUUGUUCGAUGUUAACGCACGAAACGAAUAUGUGGAUACGACUAUCGCAAAAGCUAUUGAUUUUUAUACGCAAAAAAGAAAACUGCUCUUUGUAGACAAUACAGGAGAACCCAUAGAUCCACGGUUAGAAGCAAUUGUUAACCGUAUGUUCCAAAGAUGUUUGGAUGAUGGUCAGUACAGGCAAGCACUCGGUUUGGCUCUAGAAACUCGUAGAAUGGACAUAUUCGAAGAAUCCAUCAUGAAGUCUGAUGAUAUAUCAGGUAUGCUGCAGUAUGCCUUCACAGUUGCAAUGAGCCUGCUGCAGAAUAGGGGCUUCCGUAGCACAGUACUUCGCUCUCUAGUGGGGCUCUACAGAGGCCUCAAUAUACCAGAUUAUGUUAAUAUGUGUCAAUGUCUUAUUUUCUUAGAAGAUCCACUAUCAGUAGCUGAAAUUCUAGACAAACUCACUCAUGGGCCCCAAGAAUCAGUCCUCAUGGCUUACCAAAUAGGUUUUGAUUUAUAUGAUUCUGCAACACAGCAGUUCCUAGGCAGAGUUUUACAAGCAUUGAGAAGCACUGCUCCUAUACCAAGUGCCCUAGGUGGAAAGCCCCAGCCCCAGGGUGGACCUUUCCCAGAGCCUUCCAUGGAAGUUGACCAGCCACAGCCUGAAGAAACUAAGAAACCAGAAAGAGACAUUGAAAGUUUGAAUGAUGAAGAAAAAGAGCAUCAAAGGAGAGUCGAAAAACUGAUUUCUAUUCUUGGAGGUGAAGUGUCCAUUGGACUCCAAUUACAAUUCUUGAUUAGAUCAAAUCAUGCUGAUAUGCUUAUUCUGAAAAACACAAAAGAUGCUAUUAGAGUAUCCAUUUGUCAUACAGCAACUGUAAUAGCCAAUGCUUUCAUGCAUGCUGGAACAACCAGUGAUCAAUUUUUGAGAGACAACCUGGAAUGGUUAGCAAGGGCUACAAACUGGGCAAAAUUAACAGUUACAGCAUCUCUUGGAGUUAUACAUAGAGGUCAUGAAAAUGAAUCCCUUGCUCUUAUGCAAUCUUAUCUACCUAAAGAGGCUGGACCGUCAUCAGGGUACUCUGAAGGUGGGGGCCUCUAUGCUCUGGGUUUGAUUCAUGCUAACCAUGGAGCCAAUAUCAUUGAUUAUCUUUUAACUCAACUAAAAGAUGCACAAAAUGAAAUGGUCCGACAUGGUGGUUGUCUUGGGUUAGGUUUAGCUGCUAUGGGAACUCAUAGACAAGAUGUAUAUGAACAACUCAAAUUCAACCUGUACCAAGAUGAUGCUGUAACAGGUGAAGCUGCGGGUAUUGCCAUGGGGAUGGUUAUGUUGGGCUCAAGACAUGCAGCUGCUAUUGAAGAUAUGGUUGCCUAUGCACAAGAAACUCAACAUGAAAAAAUUUUACGUGGUUUGGCUGUUGGCAUCGCUUUUACUAUGUAUGGAAGACUUGAAGAGGCAGAUGCACUAGUACAGCAGUUAUUGAGAGAUAAGGAUCCGCUGUUGCGACGUGCUGGCUGUUACACUAUUGCAACUGCAUAUUGUGGUACUGGAAACAAUGACUCCAUCCGUACUUUGCUCCAUGUUGCCGUUUCUGACGUCAAUGAUGACGUCCGUCGUGCUGCCGUUACAGCUCUCGGUUUUUUACUGUUUAGAACACCGGAACAAUGUCCAUCUGUUGUAUCACUAUUGGCAGAAUCUUAUAAUCCUCACGUCCGAUAUGGAGCUGCUAUGGCUCUUGGCAUUGCUUGUGCUGGCACUGGGAACCGCGAAGCCAUUGGUCUUUUAGAACCUAUGGUUAAAUUCGACCCUGUUAAUUUUGUGAGGCAAGGAGCAUUAAUUGCAUCUGCUAUGAUACUUAUUCAACAAACUGAAGCUCUUUGCCCUAAAGUUACUUACUUCCGUCAACUAUAUGCACAAGUAAUUUCAAAUAAACACGAAGAUGUUAUGGCUAAAUUUGGCGCCAUUUUAGCGCAAGGUAUUAUUGAUGCUGGAGGUCGUAAUGUUACAGUGUCUCUUCAGAACAGAACUGGACAUAUGAACAUGCUUGCUGUAGUAGGUAUGUUGGUAUUCACACAAUAUUGGUAUUGGUUUCCAUUGGCUCAUUGUUUAUCACUUGCUUUUACACCAACAUGUCUUAUCGCACUCAAUUCUGAUUUGAAGAUGCCACAAAUGGAUAUAAAGUCUAAUUCAAAACCAUCUUUGUAUGCCUACCCUGCUCCAUUAGAAGAAAAGAAGCGUGAGGAAAGAGAAAGAGUUACUACUGCUGUUCUGAGUAUUGCAGCAGCCAGGGCUCGCAGGCGGGCGCAUGGAGCUGAUGGAUCAGCCAGCAGUGUAACAUCAUCUACAACUUCCAAAAUGGAUGUAGAUGAAGAGGACAAAAAGCCGUCCAAAUCACCAAAUCCUAAUAUCACCGUUCAUGGCAAAGCUGAUAAAGAUGGUGGAUCAUCUAAAGAUGGAAAGAAGGAAGAUAAGGAAGGAAAAGAGGGCGAAGAAAAAGAAACUAAAGAAAAGAAAGAGCCUGAACCAACAUUUGAGAUUCUUAACAAUCCAGCCAGAGUCAUGAGACAGCAAUUAAAAUCCAUCACAAUUGUUGAUGGUUCAGGUUUUACUCCUUUGAAGGAUAUCACUAUUGGUGGCAUUGUAAUGUUGAAUCAUUGUGGUGAUGGAGAGCAAGUUCUUGUGGAACCUGUUGCAGCCUUUGGACCGAAAACAGAAGAAGAGAAAGAACCUGAGCCCCCAGAACCUUUUGAAUACUUAGAUGAUUGAUACAACCUCUUUGACUAAAAAAUGUUAUACAUAACAACAAAUAAGUAUAAUGAUUGUGUAAUGUAUUGAACAAUUUAUAGUUAUUAGAGUAAAAAAAAUAUUGAGAUAUUCACACUUAUCUACUAACUUAAAUGUUGUGAUUUUCUUGUCGAAUUAAUGAUAAAUAAAAUUUUAUAAAAUG